UGGACGUGUUACAGGCUUGUGCUUCGUAGCCGCGGAUUGACAAGAGAGAUCGUCAUGGGAAGGAGGCCUGCGAGAUGUUAUCGCCAGAUUAAGAAUAAGCCAUAUCCAAAAUCGCGAUAUUGUCGUGGUGUACCUGACCCCAAGAUCAGGAUAUACGAUGUGGGCAUGAAGAAAAAGGGGGUUGAUGAAUUCUCCUUCUGUGUGCAUCUAGUGUCUUGGGAGAAAGAAAAUGUCUCCAGUGAGGCUCUUGAGGCUGCACGAAUUGCUUGCAAUAAGUACAUGUCCAAAUUUGCUGGGAAAGAUGCCUUCCAUCUGCGAGUGCGUGUUCAUCCGUUCCAUGUCUUGCGUAUUAACAAGAUGCUCUCCUGUGCUGGGGCUGAUAGGCUCCAAACUGGGAUGAGGGGUGCCUUUGGUAAGCCUCAAGGUACUUGUGCCCGAGUUGCCAUUGGCCAGGUUCUCCUGUCUGUUCGUUGCAAGGACAGCAACAGUCCUCAUGCGCAAGAGGCUCUCCGCCGGGCAAAAUUCAAGUUCCCUGGUCGCCAAAAGAUUAUUGUUAGCAGGAAAUGGGGCUUUACUAAGUUCAGUCGUACUGAUUACUUGAAGUACAAGGCAGAGAACAGGAUUGUGCCUGAUGGUGUCAACGCCAAGCUUCUUGGAUGCCAUGGACCCUUGGCAGGCCGCGAGCCUGGAAGAGCAUUUUUAACUGCUGCUGCGUAGGUGUUGUUUCCUGAGAAUGGCCUUUAGUCAUGACUGUAUACUUUUGUGUAACAAUUUGGACUACAGCAUUUACCUCUUUCUGUCGUUGAAGUUUAUAUUUUGAUAUCAAAACAUGUCAUUUUGUGAUUUUCUACUGUAGUAUGGGAGUUUUUUUUUUUUUUUUU